AUGGUAUGCGAGGGAAAGCGAUCAGCCUCUUGUCCUUGUUUCUUCCUCCUGACCGCCAAGUUCUACUGGAUCCUCACAAUGAUGCAAAGAACUCACAGCCAGGAGUAUGCCCAUUCCAUACGAGUGGAUGGGGACAUCAUUUUGGGGGGUCUCUUCCCUGUCCAUGCAAAGGGAGAGAGAGGGGUGCCUUGUGGGGAGUUGAAGAAGGAAAAGGGGAUCCACAGACUGGAGGCCAUGCUGUAUGCAAUCGACCAGAUUAAUAAGGACCCUGAUCUCCUCUCCAAUAUCACUCUGGGUGUCCGGAUCCUGGACACGUGCUCCAGGGACACGUAUGCUUUGGAGCAGUCUCUAACGUUCGUGCAGGCAUUGAUAGAGAAAGAUGCUUCCGAUGUGAAGUGUGCUAAUGGAGAUCCACCCAUCUUCACCAAGCCUGACAAGAUUUCUGGAGUCAUAGGUGCUGCAGCAAGCUCCGUGUCCAUCAUGGUUGCUAAUAUUUUAAGACUUUUUAAGCAACAACAAAUCCAUCCCAAGACCAGGUGUCAGGGAGCUAUCAUAGUGAUGGCUGCUGUUGCUAAGGCCAGCAUCACUGAAGAAGUGCUCAGGCAAGUGCUACCCCCUGAGGGAAGAGCACAGCUUCAAGCUGAUCUUUCACUGGAGAAAACCAAUGAUGCUAUUGAACAGCAUGAAGAUCCCAUCCCGCCAACCUCCUCCACCAUUGAGUUCGACAAUCAAUGGACAAGAUUGAAGUCCAUGAGCUGUCAAAAUAUUUGCCAAGAUAGUUACAAAGUUUUCACGGCCACUUUCAGCCUCAGUGGUGAUUGUAUACCUCAAAUCAGCUAUGCAUCCACAGCCCCAGAGCUAAGUGAUAACACCAGGUAUGACUUCUUCUCUCGGGUGGUCCCGCCUGACUCCUACCAAGCGCAAGCCAUGGUGGACAUCGUGACGGCACUGGGGUGGAAUUAUGUGUCGACGCUGGCUUCUGAGGGCAACUACGGAGAGAGUGGUGUGGAGGCCUUCACUCAGAUCUCAAGGGAGAUUGGUGGUGUUUGCAUUGCUCAGUCACAGAAAAUCCCACGUGAACCAAGACCUGGAGAAUUUGAAAAGAUCAUCAAACGCCUGCUGGAAACACCUAAUGCUCGGGCAGUGAUUAUGUUUGCCAAUGAAGAUGAUAUCAGGAGGAUAUUGGAAGCAGCGAAAAAAUUAAACCAAAGUGGGCAUUUUCUCUGGAUUGGCUCAGAUAGUUGGGGAUCCAAAAUAGCACCCGUUUAUCAGCAGGAGGAGAUUGCAGAAGGGGCUGUGACAAUUUUGCCCAAAAGAGCAUCAAUUGAUGGGUUUGAUCGAUACUUUAGAAGCCGAACUCUUGCUAAUAAUCGAAGAAAUGUGUGGUUCGCAGAAUUUUGGGAGGAGAAUUUUGGAUGCAAGUUAGGAUCACAUGGAAAAAGGAACAGUCAUAUAAAGAAAUGCACAGGGCUGGAGCGAAUUGCGCGGGAUUCAUCUUAUGAACAGGAAGGAAAGGUCCAAUUUGUAAUUGAUGCAGUGUAUUCCAUGGCUUAUGCCCUGCACAAUAUGCACAAAGAUCUCUGCCCUGGAUACAUUGGCCUUUGCCCACGAAUGAGUGCCAUUGAUGGGAAAGAGCUACUUGGUUAUAUUCGGGCUGUAAAUUUUAAUGGUAGUGCUGGAACACCUGUCACUUUUAAUGAAAACGGAGAUGCUCCUGGACGCUAUGAUAUCUUCCAAUAUCAAAUAACCAACAAAAGUACGGAAUACAAAAUCAUUGGGCACUGGACCAAUCAGCUUCAUCUAAAAGUGGAAGACAUGCAGUGGGCUAAUAGAGAACACACUCACCCGGCGUCCGUCUGCAGCCUGCCCUGUAAGCCUGGGGAGCGGAAGAAAACGGUGAAAGGAGUCCCUUGCUGCUGGCACUGUGAGCGCUGUGAAGGUUACAACUACCAGGUGGAUGAGCUUUCCUGUGAACUUUGCCCUUUGGAUCAGAGACCUAACAUCAACCGCACAGGCUGCCAGCUUAUCCCCAUCAUCAAACUCGAGUGGCAUUCUCCCUGGGCUGUGGUGCCUGUGUUCAUUGCAAUAUUGGGAAUCAUUGCCACCACCUUUGUGAUCGUGACCUUUGUCCGCUAUAAUGACACACCUAUUGUGAGGGCUUCGGGACGCGAACUUAGUUACGUGCUCCUAACAGGGAUUUUUCUCUGUUACUCAAUCACCUUCUUAAUGAUUGCAGCACCAGAUACAAUCAUAUGCUCCUUCCGACGGAUCUUCCUAGGACUUGGCAUGUGUUUCAGCUAUGCAGCGCUUCUUACCAAAACAAACCGAAUCCACCGAAUAUUUGAGCAGGGGAAGAAAUCUGUCACAGCACCCAAGUUUAUUAGUCCAGCAUCCCAGCUGGUGAUUACUUUCAGCCUCAUCUCCAUCCAGCUCCUGGGAGUAUGUGUCUGGUUUGUUGUGGACCCCCCACACAUCAUCAUUGACUAUGGAGAACAGCGGACUCUGGACCCGGAGAAUGCCAGGGGAGUGCUCAAGUGUGACAUUUCUGAUCUCUCGCUCAUUUGUUCACUGGGGUACAGUAUCCUCUUGAUGGUCACUUGUACUGUUUAUGCCAUUAAAACGAGAGGUGUUCCAGAGACUUUCAACGAAGCCAAACCUAUUGGAUUUACCAUGUAUACCACCUGCAUCAUUUGGUUAGCUUUCAUUCCCAUCUUUUUUGGUACAGCCCAGUCAGCAGAAAAGAUGUACAUCCAGACAACAACACUUACUGUCUCCAUGAGUUUAAGUGCUUCGGUGUCUCUGGGCAUGCUCUAUAUGCCCAAGGUUUAUAUUAUAAUUUUUCAUCCAGAGCAGAACGUUCAAAAACGCAAGAGGAGCUUCAAGGCUGUGGUGGCAGCUGCCACCAUGCAAAGCAAACUGAUCCAAAAAGGAAAUGACAGACCAAAUGGCGAGGUGAAAAGUGAACUCUGUGAGAGUCUUGAAACCAACACUUCCUCUACCAAGACAACAUAUAUCAGCUACAGCAAUCAUUCAAUCUGAAACAGGGAAAUGAUACAAUGUGAAGAAAUCUGGUAUAUGAUCUUGAACAAUGAACAUGACACCGCCAAAACUCACUCCUGGAGAUCUCUGUAGACUACAAUCAAUCAAAUCAAUAGUCAAUCUUGUAAGAAAUAAAAAGUAGCCACGCACCAAAAGUAUCAAUAACAAGGAGUGAAGAAACCCAUUUUAUACAAUACAAUCAAUGAGUGUCAAGCUAAAGUAUUGCUUACUCAUGAGCAGUUAAAAAAAAUCACAAAAGGAAAAUUAAUGUUAGCUUGUGAAAAAAAAAACGCUGUUGAAAUAAAUCAUGUCUGAUGUUAUUCUUGUAAGUAUUUUUCUGUGAUUGUGAGAACUCCCGUUCCUGUCCCUCAUUGUUCAACUUGUAUAAGACACCGAGUCUGUUUCUUGUAAUGGCUGACCGGAUUGAAGCCCUGGGUUGUGCUAAAAAUAAAUGCAAUGGUU